CAUGGUGAUGUUGUCUAAUUUCCCAUAUUAAAUCUUCUUUUAAUUCUCUAAUAUUAUAUUGGAGAUGUUUCAUAUUAGUUAAAUUUAGUAAUUCUAAUUCUCUUCCUAUAAUUAUAUUUUAUUUUCUACAUUUUUUACUGAAUGUUGUAGUUUUAAUAGUUCAUUUAUUACUUGGUUACUUUUCGUCUCUUUUCGUUCUAAAUGUUUUUUCAAAUACUGGAAUAUGUUUGAUUCCUUACGAUUGUGUUCCAUUUAUCUUUCUUUGGUUUUGAUGUAUUGAUGAUCCAUUAGAUUUUAUUUUAACUUUUUUUUAAUGGCGCUCUAAUUGAAUUAGGUUGUUUAAAUAGAUAUUCUAAUAUUAAUUUUAAAUAUUUAUUUCUUAUAUUCUAGCGUACUUAUUAUUUUUCUUAAUAUUCGUUUAAUAUUUUUACUAAUUUAUCUAUUUUAUGAAAAAUUUGAUUAGUCAUUUUAGUAAUAAUAUGUUUAGAAGGUUUUCUAAUUUUAUAUUAAAUAAACCUUGUUGAAAUAUAGUUUUGAAUGUUUUUAAAAUUUUCGGGUACCAAAAAUUAAGUAAAAGUUUGGGUUGGAUGAAAAAGUUUCGGGUACUCGACGUCUUAAUGUAUAUUUUAAUUCUCAAACUUAUAUAGUACUUGAAAUAUUUUAUCCAUAUAUAAAAAUCGUCUCUCAAGCAAAAAGGAAACCUCUAUGCGAAGGGAGAGAGACGAGCAGUUGAAAGUUCUUCAGUAGCAGGGGACAACAACCGCAGACUCUCUCCCUGCCGAACCGGAUUCCUCGCUCGUAAGUCUUGUCUUGAUUAUUGGUUCCUCUCUUGUUUUGGAUCUCCUACUGUUAUAGAUCUUCCUUUCUCCCCCUCUUGAUGGUGUCAUUGACUGUCUUCCUGUAGCUCAAUUCGAACUCUUGGAAUUAGUGUUUAGGAAUUAGGGUUUCCUUGAGCUCUCCUUGUGUUUUGGCCUUCGUGGCCAAAACUUUGACUUUGUUGGGAUGUUGAGUAGUUUCUUUAAGUUAGGGUUCGCUCUUGUUUCCUUUCGUCUUUGUUGAGUCUGUUGCUGUGCUUGGAUCAGGGGUUUAAAGUCCGACUUGGAAUGUUGGUGGUUAAGAAAUGAAAUGUGGAAGCUUGUUUAAUUUGUGGCCUUUGUGUCGUGAUACAUCAGACCAGGCUGUAUGAGAGUAAUAAUUGCUCGUUUUUAGUUGCAAGUGUAGUUGCUGUAUUAAGACGCAAGCGGUAUUGCUUUGAAAUGAGUGGGAAGAUACUGUCGUAUGUUUCAGUUCCUUCCUCAAAUGAUUCUUUACUCUUGGAAUCUGGGUUUAUGUUUUGCUUUAUUUGACUGUGGUGUUAUAUCUCUGCUGUACUCCUUUUGCUAAAACUGUUCAUUUAAUGCACAUGGUGCAGACUGAAGUGCUGCAACCAUGUUUGGGCGUGGAGGUCCUAGGAGGAGUAGCAAUAAUUCCAAGUACUAUGAUGUUCUCGGUGUCCCAAAGACCGCUAGUGCUGAUGAACUGAAGAAGGCCUACAGAAAAUCUGCCAUUAAAAACCACCCUGACAAAGGUGGAGAUCCUGAGAAGUUUAAGGAGAUAUCCCAAGCUUAUGAUGUUCUCAGUGAUGCCGAGAAAAGAGAAAUAUAUGACCAGUAUGGUGAAGAGGGCAUCAAUGAGGGAAUGGGGGGAGGUGGUGGUGCUCAUUCUCCUUUUGACAUUUUUGAAUCAUUUUUUGGCUCGGGAGGUUUUGGAGGAGGUGGCAGUUCCAGAGGAAGAAGGCAGAGACAAGGAGAUGAUGUGGUUCAGUCUUUGAAGGUCUCUUUAGAGGACUUGUACAAUGGGACGACCAAGAAACUCUCACUGUCGAGGAAUGCUCUUUGCUCCAAAUGUAGAGGUAAGGGAUCGAAGAGUGGAGCGUCUGGGACAUGUUAUGGAUGCCAUGGCACAGGAAUGAAAGUUACAACUCGACAGAUUGGAUUGGGCAUGUUUCAGCAGAUGCAGCAUAUCUGCCCUGACUGUAGAGGCUCAGGUGAGGUAAUCAGCGAGAGGGAUAAGUGCCCUCACUGUAGAGGAAACAAGGUCAAUCAAGAAAAGAAGGUGUUAGAGGUUCAUGUUGAGAAGGGCAUGCGUCAUGAACAAAAAAUAACUUUCCAGGGUCAAGCUGAUGAAGCUCCCGAUACAGUCACAGGGGACAUUGUCUUUGUGUUGCAACUUAAAGAACACCCCAAGUUCAAGAGGAAAGUUGAUGAUUUAGAAAUGGAACACACGAUUAGCUUGACUGAGGCACUCUGUGGGUUCCAAUUUGAGCUUACCCAUCUUGAUGGGAGACAUCUGCUCAUAAAAUCAAAUCCUGGAGAGGUGAUAAAACCUGGUCAGUGCAAGGCGAUCAAUGACGAGGGGAUGCCUCAGCACGGCAGGCCAUUCAUUAAGGGGCAGCUGUAUAUCAGGUUUAAGGUGGAAUUCCCAGUGCAUGGAGCUCUGUCGCCUGAGCAGUGUGGUACUAUAGAGACCAUACUGCCAUCAAGGUCAGGUAAGAAGUUGAGCGAUAUGGAGAUUGAUAAUUGUGAAGAGACGACUUUGCAUGAUGUGAACAUGGAGUAUGAGGAUAGGCGCAGGAAGAUGCAGCAGCAUCGUGAGGCAUAUGAUGAAGAUGAUGAGGACGAUGAUGAGCCAUCGAUGCAACGGGUUCAGUGUGCCCAGCAGUAGUAGUAGCGUUUAAGUUUACUGUUUUCACGUCUGUCAUUCACGGUUGCGUACAGAUUGUGUUGUGUUUUCGCCAUUCGGUUAUUGAAUGGCCUGGUUUACUCUGCCCUUAGUGUAUCGGCUGCCGAUUGUUGUUCCUUAUGGCUUAAUAAUAGUACGAUGAUGAUUAUUUUUAUAUUAAUAGUGAUAUAUUUUUCUUCUUGAAAUGCUUAGAGUUGUUGCAUAUUCCACUAUUCAGCUCUCAUGCUCUUGUUUCUUCCACGGGGAUCCAUGAUUAUGGAGAGUAUAGUCUGGAAUGUGGUUACUGUAUUUAGUAAAUACUCCGUUUAAUACAAGUAUAUGUACUCGUACGUACUUUAUGCGUUUAAAAUUUCCGUAUUCGUAUUAUUGUCAAAAUGUUUCAUUUUUUACCGUUCAUUUGAUGGCUCCCAUACUAAACACUAGGGGUGGGCAAUGGGCGGGUUGGGUGGAUUUUGGUCUAAAAUUGACCUACCCGCUUACUAGCGGGUUCGAAUAUAUGUGACCCGCAAUUCACCCACAUACUUAUACGGGUUGGGUUGGGUGGGUGGCGGAUGGGUGCGGUUGGGUCGCGGGUUAACCCACAAAAACAAUUCUCCAACUAACCAUUAAGAAAAUUGACUAACAUUUAUAAUAAGUUCAUAACACAUUAGUAAGAUUGUAUCAAUAAUUUGCGAUUUCGAUACAAUUAAUAAUUUAUAGUUUGUAUCCCAAUAUUUAAUGGAUAUUAACAAUAAUUUGCAUACCAAUAUCCAUUGCAAAUGGAUAUUGCACAACACAAUAACCAAUAAUAGUAGUCAAAAUUAUUUUUUAUUCUCCACCUUUUGCAGUAUAUGGUAAGACGGUAGUGCAUUUUAAAAAUAUGAUGAAUAUUCGAUACUAUAAGAAACAACAUUUUUCCAUGUAAAAAAUAGAAUGCGGGUCAUACGGGUGACCCGCAAUCCACCCGUCAUCCACCCACAUAAGUGCGGGUGGGAGAUUUAACAAUCCCCACAUCAAUCACCCAUUGCAUGCGGGUCGGAUUAUUUGCGGGUGGAUCGAUAUCAAUCCGCGGAUUAACCACGCCCACCCCUACUAAACACGUAUAACAUGUUUAUUUCGUAUUUUAUGAAUUAAAUUGUUAACUUUAAU